GCUUUUCUCAUCGCCUUCUCUCUUUUUUCUUCUUCUUCUUCUUCUCUUCAACCUCCACCUCUUUCUUUCCAUUGUCGCCCUUGUUCUCCGUCGGCGGUCAUUGUGUGUGAUUAGGCAGAGUCUCAUCGGGAAAGGAACGUCGUGUCAAGGACAAGCAGCGCAUCGCCGAAGCAACAACAACAAAACAACAACAACAAUGCACGCAUCAAGGAUCAUCGCCUCAAUUGGCCUUGCGGCUUCUGCCCAUGCCACAGUCAUCCGCUAUGAGCGCGAUCUCGAAGCCAAUGCUCCUGCUCUCGAGAAGCGAGCCGAACCGACUGCCGCUUGGGUUACUGUCGAUGAUGAGAUGCAGCCUGCGACGACAUACACUCCCUCGUAUACCACCGUCGAUGGCACCACUUCUCUGAUUGAUGCUCCUCCUCACGAUCUUACUGCCAGUGUCUACACCUACACCAGCUGGGGCAAGAUUCACACCAGCACUGGCGAGCCCCCCAACCCUCAGGCCACCGGCAAGCAUGGCGAGGGUGUCUUUGCGCGAUGCUACAACAAGGACGGCGAUAAUGCUCCUUUCUGCUCGCCUUACGCCAACAGCACCCUGGAUGUUAAGAAUACAUACUUUGUUACCUGGGAUCCCGAUUACUUCAACAAGACCAAGUCCUCUGAUAACUCUACUCUCAUGGUCACUGCCCGCCUCGACCUCUACAACCGUACUAGUGAAUCAUGGGUGAAGUACAAGGAAUUCACCGAUUCCGCCGUCCCCGCCGCCUGGGGCUAUUGGCCUUUCGAUGUCAAGCAGGACUACAUGAAGUACUCGCCCUACAACAUCUCCAUCACCCUCUACAGCAACAGCAAUAACUCCCUCGAGAAGACCAAGUCCUCAUCUCUUUACCUCAACCUCAAUGAUCAGAACUUCCCUGAGAAGUCCCACGAGAAGUUGCCCGAGGGCCAGACCCUGACCAUCGCUCUGCCUGUCGUCUUCGGUUCUCUCUUCCUCCUCAUCGUCGGUGGCUUCCUCUGGAACCGCAAGACCCGUCGUAUCGGACUCGGCAACAUCUCGAGCCGCUCUCGUCACGGUUACACUGGCCGCGCCAAGCGCCGUAUCUUUGGUGCCAGGGAUAAUGGCAUCCAGCUCGAUACUUCAGUUCCUCCUCCUGGUGAAUACCGUGACGCUCCUCAGCGUGCUCGCGCCGACAGCGACGGUCUCGGCAGCUUGGCCGGUAGCCCUGUCGAUGCUACAUUCCCUCAGCAGGGCACCACAGGUGGUCGCAAUGCUUUCCGCGACGAAGUGCGAAGACAGGAGGAGGAGAGACGUAUGUAAAAAGAGGUGGAAUGUUUAUGAUCUUUGAUGUCGUGUAAUUGCUGAUACUUGACACCAAACGAUUUUGUUACAAUAUUUACAAAUGACUUGUUAUAAUAUGCAUCUAGAUGGCUGGAAGUUGGGUGUAACGUUUUCACACGACGCAUAACGAAAAUCAAUACGAAAGACUUGUCUAGACCGAAAA